ACUGAAACGAGUUUUGAGGUUCCAUGACGUCAUUUGUCUUGUUUUGGUUGCCCUUGGACAUCUAACUUCGCCAUAACAGAAUUACAUAAUUAAGGUCAAUGUUGCGACUCCGUGGAUCACAUCGCCUCUUGGGACAAGCCUAUCAUGGCGAGGCUCUCUUCUCCCUUGGCCGUGGAGGCGGAUGGACCGCCCUUGCCUCCAUGUCGUCCCAGUCGAGCGAAGUGGACUUGGAUCCCAAAUGGAAGACUAUGGCCCAAAAGCAAAUGAAAGGCAAAGACCCAUCGUCUCUGGUAUGGCACACGGCCGAAGGCAUUGCCGUCAAGCCCCUGUACACGGCUCAAGAUGUGGCGUCCAUUCCGUUGGAUGAGCUGCCCGGCGAAUAUCCGUACACGCGAGGCCCCUACCCCACCAUGUAUGCCCAGAGGCCUUGGACCAUUCGACAAUAUGCCGGAUUCUCCACCGUCGAGAAGAGCAAUGCUUUCUACAAAGCCAAUAUCAAGGCUGGACAACAGGGACUGAGUGUGGCCUUUGAUUUGGCCACACAUUGUGGGUAUGACUCGGAUAACGAUCGAGUUCGAGGGGAUGUGGGAAUGGCGGGCGUGGCCAUUGAUUCCAUCGAAGACAUGAAGAUUCUCUUUGAUGACAUUCCUUUGGAUAAGAUGUCAGUCUCGAUGACCAUGAAUGGAGCGGUCAUUCCUGUUAUGGCCAUGUUCAUCACGGCUGCCGAAGAACAAGGUGUCAAGCAGGAGUUGCUUUCGGGCACUAUCCAGAACGAUAUUCUCAAAGAAUUCAUGGUGAGAAACACGUAUAUUUACCCACCCGAGCCCAGUAUGAGGAUCAUCGGUGACAUUUUUGCUUACACGUCCAAGCACAUGCCCAAGUUCAAUAGCAUUUCCAUAUCGGGUUACCAUAUCCAAGAAGCUGGCGCUAAUGCCACGUUGGAAAUGGCUUUCACGAUUGCCGAUGGGAUUGAAUAUUGUCGCACUGGCAUUGAAGCCGGGUUAGAUAUUGACUCGUUUGCCCCUCGCCUCUCGUUCUUUUGGGGAGUGGGAAUGAACUUUUACAUGGAAAUAGCCAAAUUCCGGGCUGCCCGGAGACUAUGGGCUCAUCUGGUGCAAGAGAACUUCAACCCCAAGAACCCGAAGUCCACCAUGCUGAGGACUCAUAGUCAGACCUCGGGAUGGUCACUCACGGAGCAAGAUCCUUACAACAAUAUCAUGCGUACUUGCAUCGAAGGCAUGGCUGCCGUAUUUGGUGGGACUCAAUCGUUGCAUACCAACUCUUUCGAUGAAGCUUUAGCUUUGCCCUCGGUGUUUUCUGCUCGACUCGCGAGGAACACGCAACUGAUUCUUCAGGAAGAAACGGGAAUCACUAAAGUAAUCGACCCUUGGGCCGGAUCAUACAUGAUCGAAUCACUCACUCAGGAGGUCUAUGAUGAAGCCAGGAAGAUUAUUGAUGAGGUGGAAGGCAUGGGAGGCAUGGCCAAGGCAGUGGCCUCUGGUUGGCCCAAGUUAAAAAUCGAGGAAUGUGCGGCCAAGCGGCAAGCCAAUAUCGAUAGUGGAAAGGAAGUCUUAGUUGGAGUAAACAAGUACGUCUUGGACAAACAGGACGAUUUUGAAGUUCUAUCCAUUGACAAUGAAGAAGUGAGGGCCAGUCAAAUUGCCCGCUUGGACAAAAUCAGAUCGUCUCGCGACAACCAAAAAGCCCAAGAUUGUUUGGAGGCUCUUCGUGAGGUAGCAGCCAAGGAAAAGGAGGGAAAUCUGCUUGAGUUGGCCAUACAUUGUGCCCGUGCUCGUUGCACAGUUGGAGAGAUCACUCAGGCAAUGGAAAAGGAGUAUGGGCGUCAUGUCGCCAAUGAUCGUUUGGUAUCUGGGGCCUACCGAACGGAAUAUGGAGAAGCCGAGGAGAUCCAGGCCGUUACCAACAAGAUCGAUGAGUUCGUUCAGGAUGAGGGUCGGCGCCCGAGAAUUCUCGUGGCCAAAAUGGGCCAAGAUGGACAUGAUCGUGGGGCAAAAGUGAUAGCCACUGGUUUUUCUGAUUUAGGCUUUGACGUGGAUGUGGGGCCUUUGUUUCAAACUCCCGAGGAAGUUGCCCAACAAGCUAUUGACAGCGAUGUACACGUGAUUGGCGUGAGCUCAUUGGCUGCCGGUCAUCGUGCCUUGGUUCCGGAUUUAGUGAAAUGCCUGGCCAAAAUGAACCGACCGGACAUUAUCGUGAUUUGUGGCGGCGUGAUUCCUCCGCAAGAUUACGAGUUUCUUUUCAAAUCAGGGGCCAGUGCCAUUUUUGGUCCCGGCACCAAGCUUCCCAUUGCUGCGCUUCAAGUACUCAAUGUCAUAUGUACUCAUUUAGAUGAGGGAAAGAAGGUGCAGAAUUGAAAUGACAGGAAUUUGCUCCCUCCAGAUCGGGUUUGACGUUGUUCGUUAAAUAUUUUCUCCUGAAUUCUGUGGAAACGAGCUUGAAAGCAUUGACUUCGACUGAAAACAUCACUGUGAUUUUUGUGCUCCAUACAGAGGUACCAGUGUAGAGAAUUUAUUGUCAGUAGAACACGUGAGUAUAUAUAUAUGUUAUAGAUAUAGAUUCCAAUUAAUAUUUCAACUAUCACAACAAUUGGA